AUGGCAGGAAGUAACGAUGUGAAGCUUCUUGGAUCACGUCGAAGCCCCUUCGUGAGCCGGGUGAAGUUCGCCCUGCAUCUCAAGUCAGUAGAUCAUGAAUUCAUCAUGGAGAAUACGCAGGCAAAAAGUGAGCUCCUUCUGAAAUCGAACCCAAUUCACAAGAAGAUCCCAGUUCUCAUCCACAACGAUAAGCCCAUCUGCGAAUCGCUUGUGAUUGUGCAAUACGUUGAUGAAGCCUUCCCGGAUGGUCCAACAAUCCUUCCCUCCGAUCCCUAUGAUCGGUCAACCGCGCGCUUUUGGGCUGCUUACAUUGAUGACAACUGGUUUCCAGUAUUUAGGUCACUGGCUGAUGUAAGAGAUGAAGAGUCAAAGGCAGCAGUUUUGGAGAAGAUAACAGAAGGAUUGGUGCUUUUGGAGGACUUUUUUCGGAAGUCUAGUAAUGGAAAAGGGUUUUUCGGUGGAGACAGAUUAGGCUACAUUGACAUAGUUUUGGGUUGCUACUUGAGUGGUAUAAAGGCUACAGAGAUUCAUUUUGACAUGAAAAUACUGGACGAAACCAAGACUCCGGCACUUGCGCAAUGGGCUCACAAGUUCAUCUCUCAUGAUGCUGUGAAGGGAACUCUUCCUGAGCCUGAAGAACUCCUUCCUCUUCUAAAGAUGAUUACAGCUGCCAAGGCUGCUGCUUCUGAAUCUGAAGCUUCCAAGUGA